GCACAUUGCUAGGAGCUCCUGUACCGAAGUGUUGUAGAAGCUGAGGGUUUAAAUAUAGACCUUGUCUUGGAUUCAGAUCUGAUUCUUCUAUGGUUCUGAACAGUGCAUAUACUCAGACCCAUCCCCCAGCCUUGCAUAUGGUUGGCCGUACCACCUAUGUGCGUCUCCUUUCCAACAAAAAUGUAAUACUUUACCUAUUGUGAUGUUUGGAUUUGUUUAGAGCUGGCUUGCUUGGGGCCUCUCGCCUAAGGUUCCUUCUAUAUCAGACAUUCAUUCUGUGAUUUUGCUUCAUCAUUCCAUUUUACAGACACAGUCUCCCACUUGUAACCCCCCUUGAGUUUUUCCAGAGUUUUCUUGCCUCCGAAAAUCAGUGACAAAGGAAAAGAUAGUAUAGCUGCAUACGGUGCAUUUGGAUUGAUAGUCCUAGGAACAAUCCAUCUGGAGGCACCUGCAGUAGCUUAGAGAAUAGGUAGUGUGAUCUCAUGUUCUGAUGCUCCAGUAUUCCCUUUACCAUCCCUCCAGUCCUACUUGUUGUAGCAAGUAGAACAGGAUAGACAAACGGUCAACUAGUGUCACAGGUGGUGGGGGUUGUACUGUUUCACACUGACUAGGUUCAGAUAACAGUCCACGUUCAAUGGUAGAGUACGGGUUGUCAUUGAUGUCAUGGGUGAUGCCGUCUGAACCCAGUCAACACAGUGAACUAUGAUGAACAACCUACAGUUCACAACUCAACAACCGUAGCUUCUCUUGUGGUGUUUGCAGUUAAUCAGCCUUGGCUUAACACAGGUGGGUUCAUACAACAUGAUAACUCAGAUUUCAGUAACCACUCACAAUUCAGUGAUAACCCAUACUCAAGCCUUGCGUGUGAUAUAUUAGUGAUGUAAUGUGCUGUCUGAAUUGACUAAAUCUGAAGUCUUCAAGAAACAAGAGUGAGUUACUAAAUGGAAAAAUCCAAUUGCAGUUUCCAAACUUGUAGGUGACUUUGAUCAUAACUUGUAUUUGGCUUUGAAAGAAGUCACUUCUCAUGAACCCAGUCAACACAGUGAACUAUGAUGAACAACCUACAGUUCACAACUCAACAACCAUAGCUUCUCUUGUGAGCGGAGCCGGCUGGAGUCGGGGGUCAGACUAGAUGGCCCGGGAGACCCCUUCUGAUUUGCUCUGUUUCUAUGUUUCAUAAGUGAGGGGUUUGGUAAAAGGUUGAAAGAGAAAGGGAUCGAAUAUUGUUUGGGAUGUUCUCAAAACCACCAUAAUACAAAUUUGACUAGAUUAUUGCAGAAAGCACAAACUUCCACAAAAUAUAUGCCUGCAAGAUAAUAAGGAAUGCAAAAAAGUAUGUUAAGCAUACUACUAACUCUAUCAAGACCAAGUUCUUGAAGCAGGAAACCAGCUAGGGAGACAAUGGGGCCACUGAAUGGAGAAGUGUCUGAACAGUUGAAUUGAAAAGGGAGCAAAAGAAUCCUGACAGAUGCUUGUUGACUAAAUGGUCUGUUUCCUGGUGUGCAUAUGUCCAAAAUACACAACAGAGGAAGAUUUUCUUUUUAACUGGCUACCUACUAAGUUCCAGGUGGUGCACCUGAGCAGUCCUCUGUUGGCCCUUUUAGACAUGGAUCAUUAAAAAGUUACACAUAACACACGUAACACUUUCUAAUAGGUUACAGAAGUAAAGCUGCAAUGGCAUGAAUUUUCCUGCCCACAUACCAAAGCAGAAAGAAGAUGCUGGGAAGGAGGAGAGGAGGAAGAGGUAGGUUGAUGUGAGUUGCCCUUUGUUUACUCGGCUGUUUUCUGUCAAGUGCCAACUAGCUUUCUCUGGUUAGUGCCAGCUACAUUUCAAGGAUGCACACAUGCUGAUUUCUAGAAAAGAGGGUUUUUCUUUGGCCUGGCUAUAUCAAUGAUUGCAUGAUUUUACCAAUGAUAGUUAUACCUAUUGAUCUGUAUAUCAAGCUGAAACUAGUCUUUCUGCAAAAGGUAUAGUCCGAUAACCAUGUCUGAACUGAAAAUGCCCAUAAGGGAAUGGUAGAAUCGAGUCAUCCAAUGAAAAUGGACGGUUGGAGGUUCAGGACAGGUAAGAGAACUUAGCACAUUAUGCAGGCAUCUGCUUGGCCACUGUUGGAACAGGACUUAGCAUCCUCAUGAGGCAUGUGGACAGUUGUUCUGGGUUACAGCUCCCAUGAGUCUUCACCGGUGCUUUUGUUGGCUUGGGCUGAUGAAAGUUGUGGCCUUCAGGCAACUUGGCCUACAAGUUGCCCACUCCUCUAGAGAGUCAAAAUGUCAACUCCUUUGUCAAAUCCUUUAAACUCUACUGGGUGUUUAUUUUUCUUUUUUAAUGUUCCACUGUGCUGCCUGUGUGGGGUAUGCAGAGUAUAAAAAGUUGCCCACCUUUGUUUAUUCAGGCUAAAGUGCAUGUAGGAUGGAGACAAGAUACACAUCCAUGGUCAGGCCUCCAUCAGCACUUGGUCCCACGCCCACCCCCCCUCCAUUGCCUUUAUAGCCUUUAUCACCCAGGCCAAAUGAGAGAAGCAAUUCCAUUAGCUUGCAGUUGUGGGGGAAUGCUCUAUGGCAUCCUUUUCCAAACCCUUAGAUUUGGGACACUUGGCCCCAGCCAUAUGGAUCCUGAAGAGCUUGUGUCUGGUUCCAGUCUUUAGUCAAAAGCAAGCGAGGCUGUCUGUGUUAAGAUGUUUGUGGCAGAAAUUAAAGGCCUCUCAGCCAGUUCUUUCUCAACAAGACAGAGCUGGAUUUUAAAGAGACGGCAGAGACCUACGGCAAGGCACAGCUACAAGCCUGGAUGAUGUGUGCAGCCUUACUGAGUUCAAAUCUCUUAUUCUCAUCUGCAAGCAAGAAACUUAAAAGAAGCUACAUUCUUGUGAUCUGGCAAGGAUUAGGCACUUCUGUAGAAACUGGAGUCACCUCAUUUGGGAGUGCUCUUGCGCUUAGAAAUUAGGUGCCUUAAUUACAUGAACCUGUGGCUGGGUGUGGUCCAUGGUACUUGUGAAACUUCCAGCGUGGGUGUUCUCUCCAUCCUGCUGCCCGCACUGGGAAUCACUCAUAUACGGGAGGCAGCAUCUCUCCUCGCUGCUAAAGGUUUCAUUAACACCAAGAACAUGGAAGGCUUAUGGAAAGGGUUGGUGCUGCUGACUGUAUUCUGCUUAGCUACUUACCAAGCUGCUGCACGCCCUCCUUCCGGGCAGAGAGAGUGUCAAGAGAGCCCGGAAACAUGGUGUCAGGACUUUCCUACAGCGCUGAAGUGUGGGACCUUGGAUUACUGCCAGCAAGUGAUGGGUCUUAAUACCCCAGUGAAAAGCCUGAAAUGUUCUAUGUGUAAACUCAUUGUAGUAAUGAUGGCGAAGAUUGUACAAGACAAUUCCACAGAUGAAAAGCUCUGCAAGGUUUUGGAGAGGGGAUGCCAGUAUCUCCCCUUCCAGGACUGGUUAGUCAAAUGCAAGAAGAUGGUGGACACUGGAGUUAUCAUUCUUGUAGAGCUUGGCAAACAAAUGCAGGAUAAACCGGAAAUUCCGUGUAAUGCUUUCAGGUUGUGCAGUCCUCAAGAAACCCUGCAAGGACCCCUGAAAUUCCAGAAGCCAUUAAAGUCGGAUAAAAUUCCGGAAGGGAUAGACUUUGCUGAAAUGUGGGCCCCCUUCAUAGCUAAUGUGCCUCUUCUCCUCUACCCUCAAGAUGAGCCUCUCUCUCAACCUUUGAAAGAAGAGAACCCCUGUCGGGACUGCUCAAAGGUAGCUGCUGAGAUGCAGGAAUCCAUGCGGAACAGCCCCUUCCUUGUCCAGUCCUUAGCUGUGCAUGUCAGAGAGCGUUGUGAACAUCUGCAGCCUGACCUGGUAGAGGAGUGCAAGAAAUACGCCUUCAUGUACUCACAUGGUUUUGUGCAAUUUCUAAUUCACCUAUUGGAUCAGCCACCCAAGGGUGUUUGCAGUCAAGCCGAAAACUGUGGAGCUGCACAGCCGGAGCCUUUUCAUACAUUGCUGCCUGCCAACCACCACCCACAGGCCUCUUACCCAGCAGCAGCUGUGGAGAAAUCUCUAAAUGGUGAACAGACGCCCAUUUUAUGUGGCAUAUGCAAGAACAUGGUUCAGAUAGCAGAGAACAUGGUGGAGAGCAAUAGCACAGAAGAGGAAAUAGUCCAUCAAAUGGUGAAAGUCUGUGAUGUGCUGCCCAGUGAAGUCUUACCCACGUGCAAGGACUUUGUCAGUUCCUAUGGAAAAGCUGUUAUUACGAUGCUCCUGGAAGCAACUAAACCUGAAUUUGUGUGUAUUAAAAUCAAAUGUUGCCCCUCAGACACCUCUUCAAAUGCUGAGCCGGUAGCUCUUCAGCAACUACCCAAAUACAACAAAAACGAGUUCUGUAAUGUAUGUACAGUUCUCAUUCAAUACUUGGAUGAUGAGUUGGAGAAGAACGAAACACAGGAACAGAUUCAGUCCAUGCUUGCCAGAGGUUGCCAGUUGCUCCCAGAAGCUUUGGUGUAUUCAUGUGAUGAGCUUGUGCAGCAGUACGAGCCGGCUGCGGUCCACCUCCUGAUAGAGGUCAUGGAGCCAACUUUCGUGUGUGCAAAAAUCGGAGUCUGCCCUGAAUCGCACCUCCUGGGCAUGGAGGCCUGUGCCUGGGGCCCUCGCUACUGGUGCACGAACAAGGGAACAGCAGCACAGUGCCGCGCCACUGCAUACUGCAAACGUCAUGUAUGGAACUAGAAGAAGGCCCUUGGAAGAAGGUUGGCGGUGGCUUCAAUGAAUGUAUCCUGGAAUUUGGCUGGAUAGAAAGCAGUGGGAGGUCUAUCCCUUAGCAGAACUCCAUCUUCCUUUCUCACCCUUCACUUAGUUUGCAGAGUGGCUGCCCAUCUAGUAUUUCAACUGCACAGAGGCAACCCUUUGUUCAUGAUGCUCUGAAUCACCUUAGAUGUCACUUUGAUUCUUGAGUCAUGGUGAGGAAGGGACGUGGGUGGGAAAAGAGAGGCUGGAAGGGUGUGGGAUUCACUUAAGUAGGUAAGAAUUUCCUUACAUUAUGUUUCUUUAUAAUAUGAGUCAAUUGCUUUAUCACAAUAGAAUAACUACAUAAUAAUGAGAACAGACCAGCUGCCUAAGCUGGCAAUUGUGUAUUUCCAUUCCUUCCCACCCAUAAGAGCAUGCAAAUGAAUGCUGAAUUUUGAACAUGUCAUUGUGUAGUUUGGGGCAGAUGGUUUAGGACUUUGUUGACACAUGCGUUAAACGACCCACCAAGGUCUACAAACUCAGUGGAUGUAAAAUGACAGUACUCCGCUAAGGCAUUUAUCUUUCACAUGUACCCUUUCAAAACCUUCCCAAAUCAUGACUUUUAAUAUACAUUUUAACCAUUCUAACUUGCUUUAAUCUUCCAUAGUUCUCUUCAAGGAGUCCUGGAAAUUAGCAUUAUGUGAUUGCUAGAACCUAUGAUGUUUCUCACAAGGAGACUUCCUAUCUUUCCUCAACACUGAUGUGCUCUGAAAGUUUCCUAUACAUUGAAAAAGAAAUUUUUAGUAUUCAAGUUAUACCUUUCAGCCAGUGCAUCAUUGACUCCUCUGAUUAGCAGCAGGUCUUCCAAGUUUUAGGCGAACGACUUUUCAAAGCCGUGUAACUGAGAUAUUUUAAGUGGAGAUGCCAGAUUAGACCUUAAAGCUUGCACAAGCAAGUACAUGCUGCGUUGUCCCCCCAGCUCCUUGCACGUGAGUACUUUUGCAUUUGCUUCUUGCAUUAAAAUGGGAAGGAAAAUCGCUUUCUCAUUUUCUAACUCUUUGAUGGGUGUCUGAACUUGCACCUGCUGACAUCUCUACUUAAAUGCUGACUGUAACCACCCACCACACACACACAGAAAUAGUUUGCCAGGAAAGCACUGUUCAAUUGUCUAGAUGAAGUAUGGGCAGAUACAGGGCGAGAAAAGAAGUUGUUCCUUUUAUUAGUUUGGCCUGAACCCACUCUCUUUUAAAAGCUUUCUUGCUUGGAAUGCACACUUGUCUUUCCCAUGCUCAGCAGAAACCAGUGGUCCCACAUGGGAAUGGGCAUCUCUUUGUGUGUGGAAGGUGCGACCAGACUUUCAUGCAGGCACAGAUGAACGUCAUGACAUGAAAUUUAAUUUAUUGAAGGUUGGUAAAUAAAUAUUUGAAUACAUAGAAUAAAAAGAAUAAUGUACUGGCACCUUCGCACUGGAAGCAUGUGCAGAAGCAUGCUGGGUCAGAGGAACUGGUGCACGGAGUUUAGAUUAAGGCUGCAAUCCUGUCCUUGCUAGCCUGAAGGUGAUGCCCAUUAAAUUCAGUGAGGCUUGCUUGCUUCUGAGUAGCCAUGUGUCGGAUUACACUGUGAGGCAGAAAUUACCAGCUGCUGGCUUUUGAUUGGAACGAGUGGGGUAGUUUGCUAAAAGAGUUUGAUUGAGUAAGAACAACAAGGAGUGACUGCUACUCCUUGUAUGAUGUGGUGAAAUGUUGAGCAGCAGACAGAGGAGCAAGUAUUGCAUUUGACCUUUUCUGUACUGCAGGACGGACUGCAUGAAAGUAUUCAAGAAACAGCCAGCAUUAAGCAAUUCAGCCUUGAUUUAGGGUUCUGCGCGUUAACACUACUUGUACAGAAACAAACCCCAAAACCAUAGCUUUUUGUGACAGCAAUUACACAGACAUUUGAAAAUGUGAAUGACCUCAAAGACAUACAAAAUGAUGCCCCAUUGGUCGGGAAGCACUGCAUAUCUUGUAUAUUUGUAUUUUCAACAGUUGGAUAGAAGCAAUUUGUGUAGGCCUGGCUUUUCCCCCAUCUACCCCAAUUUCUCCUUCUAUGGAGGAGUACUGCUCUCUGAAUCUGGUUACCAUUGUGGGCAGAGAAAGGGUAGAAUUUGAACUUUCUUGAAAACGUGUGAGUCUUCCAUACAUUCUGUGCAUGACUUUGGGCUCUGCUCAAAAUGUAUCAUGGAAAAAUAUCCAGUUGCUCCCAAAAGAACAUUACUAUGAGCAUUUUACCAAAGCUUCUGUAAUUAAGAAACAUUAAAGUGUUCUUAUAAAGUUAA